CGCUCUCCUGUCUUUUGCCCGGUUGCUGCCGUUUGUGGCUUGAAUCUAGGGUGAUCCCCACAGCCUGGAGUCGGCGCCCGUUGAGCGGCCGGGACCGGGACACCGCGAGGAUGCGACCCUCUGACUGCAAGGCCGUGGGUCUGCUGCGGCUGCUGGCAGGCCUCUACACUGUGGCGUUGUGCAGAGCAGGAACGACAGCCACCAGGGGCUCCAUCACCACCCGGUGUAAGGCGGUGAGGUUUCCCCUCCGACAUGACAGCCAGGAGAAGUUGGUGAUGAGUCGGCUCAAUCCCAAUAUUGGAAUCCUGGGCUGGAAGUCUAGCAGCCCAGAGUAUCCGCACAUUGUCAUCUCGUCCUACAAGGACAGGAUCAUCUUCCGACGGGACGCUUUCAUCGAGCUGCGGGACGUGGGGCCGGGUGACCAGGGGACGUACGAGAUAAGCUACUAUGGCAGGAAGCUGUUCGACCGUGACCUCUUUGAGCUGCGUGUAGUUGAGCCGAUGUCCACACCGACCGUGGGGGUCAGCUGCAACUCGUCGCAUCUCACGCUGAACUGCUUCACCGUCAGCGGCUGCUCCGUCACCUACCAGUGGGAGCGGCGAUCGCAGGAUCCCGGCGUGGGGAACGCCACCUUCCCCAGAGCCAUUAUGCGCCUGCUGAACACGGGUCAGCACAACAACACCUGCAUCGCAGAAGAUUGCUGCAGCAGCCACGCAGUCACUGCAAAGCUGCUCUGCCACACCCCGCUCGGAGGGUCGUGGACUGGUUGGAUGAUCGCUGCUGUUGUGCUCAUUCCUGUUGUAGUGCUGAUUCUCGCUUUCUCGCUGCAUCGCUGGCGAGUAUUGAAGCAGAAAACCAUGCAAUUUGUCGCGAGUUUCCGCAACGUCAAGUCCUCAGUUCAUAGUCAUAGUGAGUUGGACUCCAACUCUGUGGAGCAACAACAGAUUGCCUUCCUCCAGGCUAACGGAAUUGAAGAGGGCAAUAACAACAUCGAGGCAUGUCACCCUCCCCCUCAGGAAAACAAGAGUGACAAACCGGCCAUCGUAGUAAUUUAAGUCUUGCGGACAGAAAGCAUAAAACCGCACUGUGACGGCAAGAAAAAAAACUGAAGGGAUCAGAUGUCUAGUUGAAGGAACAUCUGACAAAAAGAAUGUGGACAUUGCCAGAAAGGCACGCUUGCUGAGAAAGCAGAGGAAGAUUCAAUCUACAUGGACGGCAAACUGCAAAGUCUUCAUAAAACUGAACAGAACACCUGAAGAGUCUAGAGUGCUGGUCACCUGAGAUAUGGAGAAUUGGACAAUUACCAGUGAGACCAAAAGAACAACACAACAAGAUAAUGGAAAAACAAGGGACUAGAUAAAUACACCACACACUUGACACGUUUCUAUGUUUUAUAAGGAUCUUGUCGUAAACUUUGCCAAAGUCUAUGUAUACAACAUCUAUCCGAUCCCCAUUGACUAUUGUUGCAUCUGUUGCUCUUUGGGAAACUGUUAUUUAUGCAAAGUCUGACUGUUGAUGCAAUGGAUGUUUGUUCUGCACGUUUUUGAACAAAUAAUGAUGAAAUUGUAACAUGCACUUUGUACAUAUUAAAUCAGAUUUAAUUUAA